UAAGUGUGGCAACACUGAAACGAUACUGGACAUUGUAAGUGCAUGAAGUUGGGCAUCGCGUGAAUUUAUGAAUUGAAAUAUCAGAAGAUUUUCCUCAAUAUAUUAUAAUUACUUUACGUUAAACAUCAUGAGCAAAUCGAAGGAAUCUUCUGCUACGGAAGGAGAAGCUGAAGAAGAAUUCAGUGUUGAGAAAGUCUUAGACAGACGAGUAGUUAAAGGAAAAGUUGAAUAUUUUCUUAAGUGGAAGGGAUAUUCUAACGAUGAAAAUACAUGGGAACCUGAAGAGAAUCUCGAUUGCCCGGACUUAAUAGCACAGUUUGAAGAACAACGCAAAAAGAAAGAAGCAGCUGCUUCCAGUAAAAGACACGAAGAUAAAGAACAGAAAAAGAGAAAGAGUUCCAGUACUCCUACUCCAACACAAGCCAAGAAAAAAGCUACCGAAGAAAAAAAGCUUGAAGGAUUUGAUAGAAACUUAGAGCCAGAACGCAUUAUUGGGGCAACAGAUUCUAGUGGAGAAUUAAUGUUUUUAAUGAAAUGGAAAGGUACGGAUGAUGCCGAUUUAGUACCUGCUCGAGUCGCCAACGAAAAAUGCCCUCAGAUUGUAAUUAAGUUUUAUGAAGAACGUUUAACAUGGCACAGCCCAGCUCAUGAUGAAGAAAGUUCCACUAAACCUGACCAAGAGUAGCGUUUAACUUUAAGAUAUGCAUACACGGCACGCUUUAGAAUCUGUCACAUAUAAUCGCGACAAAUUAUAUCGCGUGUUUUUUUUAAAGUAUUUUUAAAAAAUAUAUUAAUGUUGCACGGAAAGAAAGAAAUAAUGAUUAAGCAAUUUUUUACUAAUAAUACUUAUAUGUUAAUUGGCUAAACAAAAACAA